AUGUCUCCAAUGAAGCUUGCCGUUCUUCUGUGCGAUACACCUUUACCUGAAGUAGUUGCAACAUAUGGAGACUACGCUUCAAUAUUCCAUCGCCUUCUCUCGUCCUCCUCGUAUGCCCCUCCAUUCACACUUGAUCCCUAUGACGUCGUUUCUGCCAAUUCCUAUCCUGAAGAUCCAACUUCCUACGACGCAAUUCUGUUGACCGGAUCUAAACAUUCUGCCCACGGCGACGAUGCAUGGAUACACAAACUAGUGGAUUUUGUCCGAACCACUGCUUCCUCGCAUCCUCAAGUGAAGCUUAUCGGGAUCUGCUUUGGACAUCAAAUUAUCGCACGCGCGUUGGGAGGGGAUCAAGCAUGCGUGGUCAACAAAGCUGGUUGGGAGCAGAUGCAUCGGGACCAUGUACCGUCACUCCCACCUGGAUUCCAUCUGCUCGCGUCGACGCCUAUUGCCCCUGUGCAAGGAAUGGUCAAAUUUAAGGACGGGAAGGAGGACGAUGUGCAUAUCUUCGCGGUCCAGGGUCACCCGGAAUUUACUGAGCCAAUAGUGUCUAUUGUGGUCAAGACAAGAGGCGCAAACGGGAUCUUGAGCAAAGAGAUCGUGGAAGAUGCGACUAAACGGAAGGAUAUACCAACGGAUGGUGCCCUUGUCGCCGAUUCCAUUUGGAGGAUCUUGCAACCGAGCACCUAA